AUGUCCCAGCCUGAGAAAAUACCAUCGAAGCGCAGCAUACAGGACGUCGCCAUCGGCACGCCGGUCGCUCAACGUCACAGAGCGGCAUCCAGACAUUCUUCAACCAAUGUGUCGCCUCCUUGUCCCGCGACUCCGGUGGCCUCUUCGACUCGGACGUCACUGCGGAGGUCGCGGAAGCACGGUGACGGGAAGCCGCGCCGGCGGCGUCGCAGCGACGUCAGCACACCAGCUGCCGCGGAGCACCGCCCGUCGUCAAAAAAGAGCGCAGCCUCGGCAAAGGAGCGCAGCCUCGAGAACAAACCGGCAAACUCCCAGCCGCCGUCGUUACUUUAUCCGCGGCUGGUUGAUUCCACUUCACAACAGCCGGCGGAGGCCAAGUCCCAGCUUGGCCAGCUGGAGCUGACCCAUGACUUUCCAGCGACGGUGUCGCCUGAACCGGCGUCAGCUUCGCCAGGCGCAGCCACCGUUACUGGGAAACCGAAAAUGGCAACCAAGACUGGUUUCUUGAGCAGCAACAUGCAGCUACCUUCGCGGAAGACGGGUGGCACCACCACGCAGAUGACCCAGCAAGAAUCCUUAAAGGCUCUGAAUACGAUUCUGGAAGACCGCAUGACACUAGGGUCCUGUAGGGACGCUACCGCCGGGACACGUGGUGAUGUUGCACCCGCGGUGGACCAGCGAGUUCGCAUCGUAGUACUGCUGGCCGUGGGGCUCUGCGUGGUGCUUGUGGUGAUAAUUACCUACUUGAGGCCGAGAAAACUCCAAGACGUGAAGGGACUGUGCCGAACGCAUUCGUGUUAUGCGUACUGGGAUCGUUUGAGGAACCAGCUGGACGAAAGCAUAGACCCAUGCGACAACUUCGCAGCGUAUGUCUGCGGGAACUGGAAGCCCGAGAGACGCUUCGGAGGGCUCUCAGAGUCGUCCUUCUCAGAGAUGGUUAUGUGGUGGCGUACAAAUUUCCAGGACAUCGUACGGAAGGCCUCCAUCGAGCUGCCGGUGGGGAGGAAAGUGGCCGCAAUGUUCGAGAGUUGCAUGACGCAGAUGCGCUCUGAUGUACCAACCUUUCUGUUAUUUAUGCGCGCUCAUGGGUUGGUAUUUCCCGGAAAAGCCAAGGCAAGGCCUCCUUUGGAAGUCCUAUUUGAUCUUGCAUUUAACUGGAACAUAAAUCUCUGGUUCAAAGUGCAGCUAUUUCCGGGUACCAUAGAUGAUCCACGGCGCCGCAUUUUAAUUACUACCAAUCAAUUCCUGACAUACUGGUACGCCAUGCUCGGUCAAGUUCCAGCGAACAAGUUUGUGGCCAUUUACAAUGCGCUGGUUCGCAUUUUCGGUGGUGACGAGGCAAACUUGGUCACAGAGGAGGAAAUCAUGGAGGUCUAUGAAAUAAUGCAUUCCAUAGUCGAAAAGUUUGUGCGGGCCGGCACGCACAUGACACGUUUUCCCGCUGUGUUUGCACUGCGCGAUGUGGCUAACUAUACUGAACUCGUCACGGCCGAGCACGUGCACGACGUAAUCAAGAAGACACUACGGAUCAAUCCAGCCUUCAGUAUUGAUGAACUGCUGCUGCUUAACGACAUUGCGAAACUACAUGCCAUGCUCAGCAUCAUCAGCACUUACGACGACACCACGUUGCUCCGUCAUCUAUCGUGGCUGUUCGUGUACGCAUACGGACAAGUUGCUCAUCCCGCUGCCGUUCUGAAGACCUUAUUUGGAAGCGCAGAGUUGGCGAGGGCAGUACAACCUCGCUACUGUGCUGUGCAAGUCGAGGCCAGUUACAAGCUCCUGGUGGCUGCUUUGGCUUCCGUGGCAGUUUUCUCGCCAGAGGAACGUCGUACCAUCGAUGCACACCUUGAAGCAAUUAAACAGGUCACCUUCAACAAGGCCUCCGCUAUGGUGUGGCUCGAUGAAAAGACGAAACACGUCGCCAAGCAGAAGCUGCUUAGAGUCCGCACUGCUUUGUGGCCACCAGCGGAAUUGCUCACUGACAACGUCCUCGAGGACAUUUACGGCAAAUUCCCCGAGAAGAACGACACUACCUUCAUGAAUAUAUGGAUAGCGACCAGGCGGAAUGAACGGAAUCUCACGGGCACCGCGGCGGGAGUCCUUGCACAUAGCCUGAUUGAGAGCACGGUACUGCCCUACGCUCAAUACGAGCACCUGCUGAAUGAAGUGAGGCUGGCUGUGGGAGCCCUUGCUCCUCCGCUGUACUACCGGGAAGGCACCAAGGCCAUGCUGUAUGGAGGCCUUAUGUUCUUCUACGCGAAGAGCCUCAUCAGCAUGUUCGACAGCGCGGGAACAAAAGUAGAUGAUCAGGGCCGCAUUGUUUCGUCUUGGCUGAGCGAGCAAUCACAGCAGGAGUUCGAUCGACGAGUCCAUGACUGCCUUGAGAAAAAUACAACUGUGUUCCCCGAGGUGCCGGCAAUGGAGGUGGCACACGCAGCCUUCUUGCGAGACUCCCGAAGCAGGCCCACUCGGCUCUCGCCGAAUCUUACCGAACAUCAGGUCUUCUUCGUCACUACCUGUGCUGCUUCGUGCGCUGUAUCAGCCAGCGACAACCUAUAUGGUGGAGAUUGCAACAAGGCGGUCAUGAAUUUUGCGCCGUUUGCCGAAGCCUUCAAUUGUCCAGUGGGCUCCAAAAUGAAUCCCGUCAGCAAAUGCACGUUCUUCGACUGAUCGGAGUCCAGUCGCCACGUCUUCUUUCUUUAUUUCAUCUGCCGUCAAUGUAGAUAUUCGGGAACAACGGCCUCAAUCGCCGUGUCACGACACUUUCUGUGUAUUUUGGCAUGCAGUGAACUCUUUUCGUACGUUCUA